AUGAGGCCUGUUCCUCCCCCUUGACGUAUUUGUCCACAUUCAAUUCUGCAGGAAUUGGCUAUGCCUCACAGGUCAUUGUCAUACUUCUGAACUUCUACUACAUUGUUGUCCUGGCUUGGGCCUUGUUUUAUCUCUUCAGUUCGUUCACCAUAGACCUUCCCUGGGGCAGCUGUGACCAUGAGUGGAACACAGGGACCUGCAUGGAAUUCCAGAAGGUGAACUCCACUCUAAACGUGACGAAUGAAAAUGCCACUUCGCCUGUCAUUGAGUUCUGGGAGAGGAGAGUGCUAAAGAUUUCCGAUGGCAUCCAGCACCUGGGCAGCCUGCGCUGGGAGCUGGCUCUGUGUCUGCUGCUCGCAUGGAUCAUCUGCUACUUCUGCAUCUGGAAAGGGGUCAAGUCCACAGGGAAGGUGGUGUAUUUCACGGCCACAUUCCCAUACCUCAUGCUGAUAGUUCUGCUCAUCAGGGGAGUCUCCCUGCCGGGGGCAUCCCAAGGAAUCCUCUUUUACCUUUAUCCAGACCUCAGUCGCCUCAGAGACCCUCAGGUCUGGAUGGAUGCAGGCACUCAGAUCUUCUUCUCAUAUGCAAUAUGUCUGGGAUGCCUGACAGCUCUGGGCAGCUACAACAAAUACCAUAACAAUUGCUACAGGGACUGCGUGGCACUCUGCUUCCUCAACAGCGGCACCAGCUUUGUGGCCGGCUUUGCCAUCUUCUCCAUCCUGGGCUUCAUGGCGGAGGAGCAGGGUGUGCCCAUCGCCGAGGUGGCCGAGCCGGGGCCUGGCCUGGCAUUCAUCGCCUACCCUCGGGCUGUCGUCAUGCUGCCCUUCUCCCCGCUCUGGGCCUGCUUCUUCUUCCUGAUGGUUGUUUUGCUGGGACUGGACAGCCAGUUUGUCUGCGUGGAGAGCCUCGUCACUGCUCUUGUCGACAUGUACCCCAGCAUCUUCCGCAAGAAGAACCGCCGAGAAACCCUCAUCUUGCUGGUGUCCGUCCUCUCCUAUCUGGUUGGACUGGUGAUGCUCACAGAGGGUGGGAUGUACGUCUUCCAGCUCUUUGAUUACUACGCUGCCAGUGGCAUGUGCCUGCUCUUUGUGGCCAUCUUCGAGACCCUCUGCAUCGCCUGGGUCUAUGGUGCUGAGCGUUUCUACGGUAACAUUGAAGACAUGAUUGGGUACCGGCCGUGGCCAGUCAUCAAAUACUGCUGGCUUUUCAUCACACCUGCUGUGUGCGUGGCAACUUUCCUGUUUUCUCUGAUCAAAUACACCCCGCUGACCUACAACAAGAAGUAUGUGUACCCGUGGUGGGGAGACACCCUGGGAUGGCUGCUGGCCCUCUCCUCCAUGGUGUGCAUCCCGCUUUGGAUCAUCUACAAACUCUCCACCAUCAAAGGCUCCCUCAAAGAGAGACUCCAUCAACUCACUUGCCCACUUGAGGACUUGCCUUCCAGGCCGGGCACGGGACAACCUCUUCCUUCCACCAGAGCUGGCCUCCUAACGCUGACAGAGCUUGAAUCUCACUGCUAGGACCAGUGCGGCUCUCCCUCCCCCACUCCAGGAUGGCUUUUAUACAGCCUUUACCACCUGUUGGAUAACACAAGGAUUCUUCACUCACCAAGGAGAGAGGGAUUUUUGAGCUGAGCUCCCGUCCUUGGAAGAUUUGAAGAGAUGACGAAAAGGCUACCAUGGAGAUGGCCUUCAUGGGUUGUGGAGUUAGCAAUGCACCUUAAUCCUCUCCUUGGAGAGCAUUCUAAAUCAA